AUGAUUGUUCCAACGGCAUCUACCGCAUGCACAAGUCUAGGCCAAGCGUUCGCGCGACUCCUGGACUUUUAUUUGUCUGAGAACAAAGACCAUUGGGCAGAGAUUCAAAAGAUUGCCCACCACGAUACCCCGGAGGCAUUCGAGAAGCCGCCCACACCCGCAUUUGGGGUCCUUCGAGCCGUGAACAUCGAGAACGCCACUGUCGUCGAUGGGGAGAGGCAGAUUCCGGUGAAAAAGGGCGAUACUAUUUUUGCCGACUUCGUCACCGCCAAUACCCGCUGGAGAUCAAACUUGACCGCCCCGAUAGCUCCUAUAUUCACCAAGGAUAUGUGGGGACACGUGUCUCGGUCGACUUAUCGUCAUGAUUUCAUGGUGCAAUUGGGUGCCUUUGCCAGACUGAAGAACCUACGUCGCGCUCCAGGGCCCGCUGGACAACUGAAGGCUACAACUGUCAAUGGGGCUUUCCCGGUAUAUAUGAAUGAGGACUGGUCGGAGUGGACGCCAUUCCCUGCCAAUAUGAAGGUUCAGUUCGACGGAUUUUAA